AUGGGUACAAGGAAAGUUACAGAAGUUUCAGGAACUAAGGAGAUAAAAAAGAAAAAAGUGUUAAAAAAGGAAACGCUAAAGCUCAUCGCUGACGAAGAAUGGCGUCGAUUUAAAGCAGUAGAGACAAAAGAAGGUGUUAAACAAAAUGCUAACAAUGUCGACUCUAAUGAUGCCGGCGGCGACUAUGACGACGAUGACGAACGCUGGACCAAUCCCAGUUGCGGCGGCGACCAAACUGGAACCGAAAUUACUGCAACUGCCACAUCCCGCGCUGAUGCAGCAGAUACCACAGCAAGCAGCGCCACAGCAACAUCACCAUCAGCAUCAGCACAGCAACAACAAGCUUGGUAA